AAUCCAAUCAGAAUGGCCGUCGCGGAUGUUGUGAAAACAUCGUCAGCUGUCAGAGCUCUUCCUUUUCGUGAAUUUGUAUGGGAAAGCUUAGCGCAGCCUCCAAAUGCCCAGAAUAAUUUUGUUGUUUUCUUUCAGCAAAAACUCAGUGAAAUCCUGCGAAUUCGCACAGGAAUGAAUGUUUAGUUGUGCGUGAAUCAGAUUGUGUAAGCAUUGGCAGCGAUUCGUGUUAGAUUAGUGCGAAAUUUUGAAGGUUUUUUUGGUGAAUUUCAGGCGGUUAACCCGGGAAAAAUCGAAUUGAAAGGAAGAUAGUGUUUUGGCGAUUGUUUUUAUGUGAAUCCUGAAUUGAUUCAACGGUUUUCUGGGAGAAAUUAGAGUGGAGACGUUAAGAGUUAAUAGAUUCUAAGGCAAGUUCCUUGAUUCAGAAGGGUGCGGCGCGCAAAUUUCCGGGGGAUGUAUUUCGGAGUGUCGUCAGUUUCUCAAGUGAUUUUAGAUUCAUUGAUAUCAACCGCAGUCAGUGGAAGGAGUCAAGCACCCACACUGCAGAAGUAGACCCAACGCAGCGUGACAGUCAGUGAUAUCAAUAUCGGCUUCUAUUAACUGGACUUGCCGGGUGGUAGACAAUCUUUCCGACAGUAAGGUGAUAUGCGAUAAUCUUAACUCAAGGUUAAUUGAAUAUAUACGAAGAAAUCAUGAAGAUUAAUGCAACGAAAAUGGCAACGCCAAUCGAAGAAAAAGUGGACCAGAAUUUGAAGAUACGAACAGGAAUGGUGACGGUUAGUGAUGGAAAAAGUAAACCAGAGCCAGUUAGACUUCAUCUCACAAUGGAGCUACUCAUAUUACAGAAGCUCGAAAUUGUCACACCAACUAGUACAAAUAAUGGACCACCUAGUGAAUCUAAGGAACGAAUGGUUCAGAUCACUCGGCAAAAAUUAGGCGGCCUUGGACUAAGUAUAAAAGGCGGAGCGGAACACAAACUGCCAAUUUUAAUAUCACGAAUUUAUAAGGAUCAGGCUGCCGACAUAACAGGACAAUUGUUCGUUGGCGAUGCGAUAAUCAAAGUCAAUGGUGAAUAUAUUACCGCAUGUCCACAUGAUGAUGCUGUGAAUAUCCUCCGGAAUGCUGGCGAUAUCGUAGUGCUAACUGUGAAACAUUACAGAGCAGCAACUCCUUUCCUGCAGAAACAGCUUUCAAAGGACACCCCAGACUCGGAUAAUGAUGCAACAUGUGCCGAACUGAAGGCGGACGAGGGUUUUAAAUCGUCAAUGAAUUGCAGCAACAGUACAGGUAGUCGUCCUGUAUCGAUUAGCUCGGAGCCGGAAAAGAAGUGGGUUGACGUAGUUACAGUGCCCCUAAUGAUGGCUUAUGUCACGCGAUACAUUUACGGGACAGACAAGUUACGACCCAAUGCUUUCGAAGUGCGAGGACUAAAUGGAGCGUCGACCGGAAUCAUCCAUUGCGACGACUUAGCCAUUUUAAGUCAAUGGCUUAAGUUAAUUACGGACAACAUUGUUGGAUUAACACAUUUACAGAUGAAAUUGUACAAUAGGAAUUUCGCCGUCGGAGAAAGGAUCGAGUACAUGGGCUGGGUGAACGAGGGUGUUAUCAACAACAAUAUCUCGUGGCAGAGCUAUAAACCGAGGUUUCUUAUUCUUAAGGGCACUGAAGUAAUGCUUUUCGACUCACCCCCGCUGAACGUGGCAGGACUGAGCAAGGCACUUGUCACAUAUAAAGUAUACCAGACCAUGUUUCGGGUAGUCAAGGAAUCGGAAACCGUAGAUUCUCGUCAGCACUGCUUCCUGUUGCAAAGUUCUGGCCAUGAACCACGAUAUCUAAGUGUCGAGACACGACAAGAACUCCUUAGGAUAGAAAACAGUUGGAAUGCAGCCAUUGUGACUAGUGUGAUCAAGUUGGGGCGAAAAACUUUUGCCGUUUCACAUCACGGAAAGGGCGGAGGACUCACGCUAGACUGGCAAUCAGGAUUCUCGCUGGUGGAGGGAGCCGAUGCAACGGUAAUCUGGCAAUAUAAAUUCUCACAGCUACGUGGAUCCAGUGAUGAUGGUAAAUCGAAAUUGAAGUUACAUUUUCAGGAUCAUGAAACGAGAACGAUUGAAACUAAAGAACUAGAAUGCCAAGUACUACAAAGUUUACUAUUUUGUAUGCAUGCAUUUUUAACGGCUAAAGUUGCUUCUGUCGAUCCGGCAUUUUUGAGUUCAAUCCAACAAUCUUAACUAGCAGAUCCGAGCAAUGUUCAAAGCUACAAAAAUCUCAUCGCAUCUUUCGUUUCUUAUUAACAAUAAACCUCCCACACGAAACACCCCAAACAGGACGAAAGCCAAGCACACAACCUGCCCUCAUCCAACACAGAAAAUAGACAAACAAAACAGGGGAAGGAAGCGUAACUCAAACAUAUACAGAACAAACAUAUUUACGAGAACAAAGUAACAUUAGUGAUAACAAUUAUUAAUCACUGAUAUUAGUACGUUGUUUUUUUUAAUAUCAAUAUAUUGUGCAACUGGACCGAGUUUGGUAGUUAUGAAUAAUUGCUGAGAACUUCUGAUUUGAAAAUUUUGAUCGAUUCUAGGACAUUUGGGAUGUUAAAAGUUAGGAGAAAUGUUUAAUUAGCGAAAUUUAUCUGAAAUUGACGAAAUUGUUACAUUGGUUGAGUAUUUGAAAGAGUAUAUCUGAUUUGAUGUUGAUCUAUAUAUUUUAGACUAAGGAUGUCUUUUGUACCUAAAAUUUUCUAUUCAAGUGUUGAAAACAAAACGAAAAAUUGUCAAACUAACUUUGGAAAAAAAAGAUAAAAAUUAUUCACGAACAUGUACCUUUACACAUUUUUUGAGCUGCUGGCUAGAAACGGAAUCUUUAUCGAGCCCAAGGCUGAAAGUAUGUCGAAGUAUCUUAGGCUUUGCUGCAAAACUACAUCUAAAAGUUGAAUACGCUUGGAACAAGACUAAAAAAUCGGUGAAAAACGAGACUGGAGGAAAUUUUGAAAAAAAAGAUAAAAAGCUAAAUAGUUUCAUAAGCUCCAGCUAGAAAAAGAUUAGUAAUUUUGAAUUUAAAUAUCAUUCUUGAGAUGAUUUUUGUCGCGAUUUGCAAAAUAUAUCGAAGCAGCUGAAAUUUGCCUCCUUUUUUGAAAGACAGCGCUCUUAGUAAAUGAUUUUGGUGAGACCGGUUCCAACUAAAAUUUGGAACCAUCGCAUAGAACUUGAUAAACUAAUUUAAUUGGAAGAUGAGGGAGAUGAUACUAGCCACUAAGUCUGAAUAUAAAAACAAUAUAUUUAUAGAUAAACCACUGAUGCAAUUGUAAAAACACCGAACACUUGUAAGUAGAUUAUGCACGAAUUGUAACUAAUUACAUGUAAUCCAUCACUUCGCUUUGGUUUUGUUUAUAUUAAGGAUCACUUAUUCAUUCUUUUGCUUUAAGUAUUUUAGAAAUUUGGUUUUCAACAUUCGAAGCACACCAGCCUCAAUGGAAAUAAA